AUGUCGGCCACUAGUCGAACGGGUGUUCCUGCUGCUUCAGAGGCUGGCCACCACCAAGAGCUACUGGUGGAAGAUUCAAGCUCUGAUUAUGAGUCGUACUCGGAGAUUUCUGACGAUGACGGUGACGAUGACGACGAACUGCCCGCCAUUGUGCAAUCGCCGUCUGAGCUCUCCUACACCAUCGAUCACCUCCCAGAAGAAGCCCAGGACGCAGUACGAAGGGUCUUUAGUGAGCCACCGACAAUUGCCCUGCAGCAAUGCCGGCUCAUUGACGACACAUAUGCCUUUCAGAUGACUGAACUCGUCACCCAGUCUGUUCGCAUCCGCGCUUCUGGCGACGGGUCUGCCUCGCAGCUAACAUGCUCGUGCGGGCAUGGCGGAGAGCUUGAGCCAUGCUCGCACCUGAUAUGGCUCCUGGAUCGACUUGCCAAGCAGACGCUCUACGAUUACGAUCCCAAAACACCUCUCACCAUGACUGAGGAUGGCUUCGCGCAGGAGCUCGGCGAUCCCUUCACAGCCAUCUCGGAGCAUCACCUUGACGUCCUGUCCGAUGGUCUCCACUGCCCAGUCGUCGACCCAAAAGCCGUCUCAAAAGAUGACAUGGCAUCUUGCCGAGUCCAAGAGUCUCGAGAACUCUUAUCAGCCGUCUAUGGGAUGCCGCCGGAAGAGUUCCGCCCAGACAUCUUUGACAGCAGCAGCAGCACGCCUCGCGGAAAGAAAGUGCUGAAGCGCAAUGAUCUAGACCACACAGUCCUCCGCAUGCUGCUCGACAACCACCACUUCUUCGAUUAUUUCCAAUCGGUAUCUCGCCCCAGAGAUCCCAUCAACGACCUGUUCAGGAAGCUCUCCCAGCGAGUCGACCGCGUGCUCCGCGUUUUCGACUCAUACGCCUCAGACCCAGCCUCCGCAGCAACGUCUUCGACAGAAACGCCACCAGACGCCUCUUGGGCAGCAAGACACAUCCUAGGCUGCACGAAACUCAUCAAAUCGUGCAUAUACACACGCGAUCGGCCGCUCCAGCCCUCCGAGGCAACUUCUGCCGCCCGCACGCUCGUCCACAUCCUCUCCGCCGUUGUAUCCCGCAACCAAAACGUCGACGUCCUCGACGACGCCGUCGUUGCCUUCUCCCCCACCCGCGGCACGACGCGAACAGAGCACAACCUAUAUCUCAAUCUGAUCGGCGACAGGGAUAUGGACUUUGUGAUAGCGGAGCUUAAUUUGCUUCCUGAGGCGGCGAGCCAACACCUGCAUAGCCUGGAGGCCAUAUUCGAAGACAUUGGGAGACUCGGCGCUCCGCUGUCGUACUUUGAUAAGUUCAAAUCGCUGUUGAGCCGGCUGAGGACGCCCAUUAUAGGGUCUAGUCUGAAGAGGCAGGUUGAAGAAGAGGACAGCAAUUAUCGACACUUUAAGAGAAUGAAGUGA